GUGAGUCUUUCCCUCACCACCACCAAGACUCCUCUGUCUCUCUGUCUUCCAGCAAUGCCUCCCUCCGACGCCGCCCUGCGUGCCUGCCGCCAAGCCGCCUCUGCUCUCCCGCGCCGCUUCCUCUCCGCCCAAGCCCACCCGCCAUGCCGCCGCUUCCUCUCUUCCACCUCCGCUGCGCGCUCGGCAGCACCUAGCCCCCGCCUCUCCCCGCUGUCGCGCUUCCAACGCCCCCGGAGACACUUCUCCGCCACGCCCACCGCUUCCCACGGGCACAUCACCCCGCCCAAGCCCGGUGAAGAGCGCAGCGUUACCUUCAUCGACAAGGAGGGUGACUCACACACGUUCCAGGUCGCCGAUGGCGACAACCUGCUCGACAUUGCCCAGGCCAAUGACCUCGAGAUGGAGGGCGCCUGCGGCGGCUCCUGCGCAUGCAGUACCUGCCACGUCAUUGUCGAGGACGCCGACAUGUUCGACCGGAUGACCGAGCCCGACGACGACGAGAACGACAUGCUGGAUUUGGCCUUCGGUCUGACUGAGACGAGCCGCCUCGGCUGUCAGAUAAAGAUGAGCAAGGAGCUGGAUGGUCUGGUUGUGCGCCUGCCAAGCAUGACGCGGAACCUGCAGGCCAGCGAUUUCAAGUAAAGCGGGUUUGAAGGAUACCCUAGAUUUCAUGGAUAUAGGCAGGGUCGGAGGUGCAUAUGCGGAUGCUGUAUAUGGGACGAUGUGAGUGAGAAAGAGAGAGAACAAGAACGCGGCGCGUGUAAAAUGGCGCAAUUGGGUCAGUCUGGCGCAACAGGGCUCUCGUUUUUGGCUUGGCCUAGACGAACUGUAUGAUAUAUGAACGGACAUCGGCUUCCCCGCUGUAAAAAUACCAAGGAUUUCUUCUCGGGA